GACGACGACCCCGCUUGCGGCCCAUUAAUCGACGCCGUCGCCAUCCGCACCCUCUACCCUCCCCGCCCCACCAAUAAAAACAUCCUUAAAAACGCCGGUUUUGAAGAAGGCCCCAUUUUUCUCCCCCACGCCAGUUGGGGAAUCAUAAUUCCCCCUAAUAUAGAAGACGACCACUCCGCACUCCCUGCCUGGAAAAUCGUUUCUCUCAAGGCCGUUAAGUACAUCGACACCGCGCAUUUCGCAGUGGGGGAGGGCCGCCGGGCGGUGGAGCUCGUCGCCGGGCGGGAGAGCGCGAUUGCGCAGACGGUGAGGACUGUAGUCGGGCGGGCCUACGCUCUCACAUUUGCGGUUGGAGACGCGCGUGAUGGGUGCGUUGGGAGUAUGGUGGUGGAGGCCUUUGCGGCGCGGUCGUCGGUGAAGAUACCGUAUGAGUCGAAGGGGAAGGGUGGCUACAAGCGCGCGGUGUUGAGAUUCACGGCUAUCGGAGAGAGGACUAACGUUGUGUUUCAGAGUUCCUUCUAUCACACGCGGGAUGAUGGCGCACUUUGUGGGCCGGUUAUUGACGAUUUGCUUCUCGUUAGCGUGCGGGCCGGGCCGGCUAGAAUUUCCCACCGUCUCUAAGCCAACACUCCUCGUGGGCUGUUGUUUGUGGGUACCAUGUAUGGUUGGGCCUCAUUUAGUUAUAUAUAUGAAGUUUUUAUAUAUAAUUAAUUGUGUUUUUUUUUUGUGUUGUGUUAAUCAAUGAUUGG